AUGACAUGCAAGUGGGCAGCGUCCAAUGAGAUACGACAAAAGUGGCGGUCACGUGACGAAGUUGUCUUUAAAGUUGGAAAUAUUGUCCGUUGGCUUCAUUCAACAAGUUUAUCCGAAUCACAAGAUCCUCUCAGACCAUCGCCGGCUCAUUCAAGAAUGGCACUUUCAGAUAAAGCCCAAGCUUUCUCGAUCGACUCGAUUCUGAAAAUCGACCGCAAGAGAGAAGUACAGAGAAAGAAAUCUUCGGACAACCUGCCACCCUACAGCGGCUUGUGUCGUACAUCCAACACGUACCAUCCUUAUUCCUUCGAUACGUGGUGUCAAUCAAUGAAAGCAAGUGACACACGGAGAAAACAAAAGAACAACCGAUGUCGUCAAGUCAUGAAACUAAACGAUUACGACACCACAUCAAACAGCGACAGCCUCGUGAGAAUGAACCAGCUCAUCGGAAAGACCUCUGACAUCAGUACAGAAUUAUUGAUAUCUGAUCUGAAAGUCGAAACAGAACAAGAUAGAAUUCAACAUAGUUACGACAAGGGUCUUCGCGAUCUGUUGCCAGGGCAGCCAAUUUCAAUCACUCAUGAUGGCGUGACAGUGUCGUUAGACGAACCCGAUUUAUGGCGCGAAUUCCAUAAACACGGAACGGAAAUGAUCCUCAAUAGGACUGGAAGACGGAUGUUUCCAUGCAUCGGUGUCCAGAUCAGUGGUCUUGAACCAGCAGCCUUAUACAGUGUCGAAAUGGAGAUGGUUAUGUCUGACAACAGACGAUACAAGUUUAUUCACAACAAAUGGUUACCAAUAGGAAAGGCCGACUCGGAUAUCAACAACACGCCGUUCCACCACCCAGAUUCCACGGCUAGGGGUUCAUUUUGGAUGAAUUCAAAGGUUUCUUUCGCUAAAGUUAAAAUAACCAACAACAAGGAGAACCUUGGCACACACACUGUACUCCACUCGAUGCAUAAAUACACUCCGGUAAUCAAGAUAAUAAAGCACGGAUCACGCGACACAGACAACGGCACGGGUAUGUUGCAGUUUUCUUUCCAGCAAACUUCAUUCAUCGCUGUGACUGCUUAUCAAAAUGAACACGUGACCCAACUGAAAAUUCAGAACAACCCAUUCGCCAAGGCCUUCCGUGAUGCUGACGUCAUUGAAAUUCUCCAAGGAGCUUACAUGAUAACUGGAAGUCCGAUUGCUGCCUAUCAAGCAUUGUACGGAAAAUAUGAGUUGUCCACGGAACGUACUAGUGAUCUGAAUACGAAUCCAAUAAACAACCUUUCAAUCUACACGAGUCAUGAUGAUGCAUCCUGGCGACAAGGGGCGAGGGAACAAUAUUAUCACCAUGGUAACGGUAACGGUAGAGCUACAUCCCUACGUGGAUCAGCUUCGUUUCCCUUACUGGACAGCAUUUACUGCUCAACGACGUCCUCGACCUCGUUCCAGGAUAAUUACUUUAAUCACACUUCUCGUAAUGUAUCUACGCCUUCUCUUAAUAGUCAUCAGCAACGAUCGUAUCCUAACACGAAAUCCCGAGUGGGCCGCAGAAGAACUUCAUCUUAUAUGCCAUCGACGCCAUUACUUCAAGUCCCCAGACUGUCUUCCAGAUGUUCAUCGUUGUCCGAAAAACGCAACACAGAUUUCACAGCAACAACGGAAGUAAACAAUGACUCAGCAGAAGCCAGUCCCGAUGUUUCCAUCCGGGACAUCGAUGACGUCACUGUGCAUGACACUGAUGAUGCGGUGACAGACAUGGAAUGAGCAGUGCUGGCCAGAAUCUGUGCAACAAAGCCCCAUGGGCUACUAUGUAACCGGGAGAUUUGAUAAAUCCGAGAUAUUAGUGUCUACUUUUUGUACAAAGUUAAAUAAGGGAACUAAUUUAUGAUGAAAUUUAGAAAUAAUUGGUUUUUUGUAUCCAGCUACAGCGAAAUAUGAACUUGUACAAAAGAUGUUGAUUAAUGUUGAAUUGUCGUAAAAUAGUCCCAUUGAUUCGACAUAAACGAAGCAAGAAGUAUUUUUAACCACGCCCUUGUAGCAAUUUGUACCUGCGAUUUCAACUACAAAAAAAUCAUUGCGAAGUAAGACAUGUCUGCAUUCUGAUAAAAUCUUCAUUUGUUUCCGACGCAAAGUGUAAAUAGCGCCACCGUUGUUCGGGGGUAAUUGUCACUAGACGCAAUAGAAAUCGGAAAACGAGCUAAACAAACUUUAAAAGAUGAAUAUGAAUAUAAAUACUGGGUUGAAAGAAAGUUGUGUGAUGUAUGUAUAUAUUGUUAGUUUUAUUUAAUGAUGAAUUGCCUGUAUAUGCCAUCGUACAGUUUAUAUUAAAGUAACAAUGAAUGUGAAAAUAUGAACACAAUA